AUGUUUUGGUUGAACAUAUCGGUAUUGAUCGUGACGACGGGUCAGUGGUGGAUUUACCGAGGAACGGUGUCGGCGGCGACGACGAAUCCAGUCUGCCGACAAGAUGAGUCGUUGUCCGACUUCGGCAGCGCGGCCAACGAUCGAUCGGAUUUGAAAUACUUUCAGCAACAAGUGAACAGGAUGAUGACUGCCUCAUCCAUCGGGAGUCAAGCCGUCAGUCACACGCUUGGUGCCGUGCCGAAACCCACUCCGUCGCGGUACCGGCUGUCCGGCGGCUUUUUCAAACAGCCCCGUCCGGGUGCCAUCGACAAAAAGCUCGCCGCGCGCCGUCGCGUCACGCACCGUCCGAAAGACGUGGCCGGCGGCCGCGGCGUUGCGGACAACGCGAAAAACGUCACCAGCGACGGCGGCGGCGGAGGUGCGACGACUGCCAAGUCCGCCCGAAUUCUGUUCGGCAGCGAAAACGAGUGCGUGUCGACCAACCCCGGGCGGGCUUGCGUGUGUUACAUGACCGACUUUUUGGAUCUGAUCUGCCAACGUUUGGACGAGGCGGGGGCGGCUGCAGGCGAUGACGACGACGAGACGACCGCUUUACAGUGUCGGACGUUCAAGCCUGUCCCGGUGGCGUUUGUCAUUUACCUCACAACCGCGGCCGGCAGCGAUGGGACGGCCACUACCGAUGCCGCUGUCGUUAUUACCACCAAAGACUCGGCUGAUGUGGUGGUCGAGCGUAACGGUGGUAAAGUCCGUGGCCGGGGUCGAGAAGGUGUCAGCGAUGAAAAGGCUGUGGCAGCCGCCCCCGUGUGGAGAGAAAUAGAUUUCGAUAACGUUGUCAACUAUCGGCUGGAGAAGUCCUCGAAUGAUCACUACGAAGUGCAAUAUAGCCUUGUCGGGAACGAUGCCAAAGUUCAAUGUUUGAUUAACGGCAACGGAACAAGAAUGAAUGCAUUCAAAUGGGACUUUAAAAAGGGCAAACAUAAAACAAUAAUGUCCAAGUUGUCGUUGAUCGACACACAUUUUGAACCAGACUACAGCCGAAUGCACAUAAAAAAUUUCGUUACCUGUGCACCAGGUUUCGGUAUUCGGGAGGUGUUCUGYGCUGCUUGUCCACCACACCAUUACAGUCCGGAUAAAUCAAUUGAAUGUUUGAAAUGCCUCAAGGGUUUCCAUCAGCCAGUUGCUGGAUCGGAGAAAUGUGUCAGGUGUCGAAAUAUGUUUUCCAAUGGCUGUCACAUGAAAGAAAUUUCACCAACAGUAUAUUGGUUUGUGAGUUUAUUAAUUGUAUUAAUCUGUUCAGUUCUUGUAAUUUCCUGUGCUUGUUGUUGCCGUGAAGAGAACGAAAAAAACAUAAAGAUAAUACCAAGAAAAAUAAGGAAAAAAUUAAAAAAAACUAAAAAGUACAGUAUGCCGUCUUCCACUCAAAUGGAAGAUACAUCAGGAAAUAGUAGUGUUAUCAGCCAAAGCUAUGUUCCAGAUGCAUUAGUUGAUUUACAUGUAAAGUUAUUGCGCAAAGUUAAAAAAAGUGUACAAGCUGAUAAAUGGGAAAGAGCAGUUUUAAAAUUUUGUCAAGAAUAUUCUGUGCCAGAAUUUUGGGAAUUAGAACACUAUGGAUACAAAGGAAUUUCUGUAAAACUGAAAUUAAGGAUUUUAAAAACUCUUUUUGAAGCACAAUUUGACAGUAAUGUUAAAUUUAAGUCUGAAGUUAAUAAAUUAGAGAGCUCCACGCUUCAUUCUCAACCACUAGGUUGGGAUAGAUCAGGGGUAGCUUAUUGGGUCCAAUUUGACCGAACAUGUAAUCUUCGAGUUUACAAAGAAGACAUUGAUGAAGAUACUUGGGAAAUCGUGGCAAAAGACCGAAGCACUUUAGUUAAUCUUAUAAAUGAAUUAUCUGGAGCGAAAGACAACACUUUAGAUGAUAUUGAAGAUAGUAAUAGUAUUGAAACUGGUUCAGAUGGUGAAGAUGGAUUAUCCUCAAAUCAUAAUUCAGAAAAACAAUCUCUCAUGUUAGCAAAUAUAGCUCCUAUUAUUGAAGAUAACAAAAAAGAAAGUUGUACUACAAAAUCAACUAAUAUUAAAUUAGAAACAAAUGAAUUUGAUCCAAAAGAGAACCCUCUUGAAUCUAUUAAUUUUAAAAGAAAAUUUGAUGAGGAUGACAAUUCAUCUAAUAAAAGUAAUAUUCCUAUUGUUGGAGAGGAGAUUGAAGAAUCUGUGAUGAUUGUAAAAGGUGAAGGUUCUGGGCAGGAAUGUGAUACUGGCAAUCCUGAUGAAACAAAUACUCAGAAUGAUACAUCAAAAAAUGAAGAUGUAAAAAAACCAAAAUUAUGGAGUAUUGAAGCAAUUUGUAGUUCAUCUAAAGAAGUCAAAGAAGAAAUUGUUUCUGUUCCUAAAACGGGAUUUUUUUUUGGGGAUGAUUCUGUUCCAUGUUUUAAUAAUGUUUCUAAUGGAGAAGAUUCUAGCAUUGGUGAAAACAAAUUAGAAGUGGUUUCAUCAAACAUAAAUAUUGAAGAAUGGAAAAAAAAUAAAAAAACCAUUGAAGAACUUAAUAAAAACAAAAAAACUGAUGAUGAAUCAAAAAAUAAAAAAACUGAAGAAGAUUCAAAUAAAAAUGAAACUUUAAACGAAGUUGAUACCACUACAUCACAUACCAUAAAAUCUCAAAAUUUAGAUGAAAUUUCUAGUAAAAAURCUYCAAAACAAUCAGUUUUUAACAUUAAGGUCCAUGAAGAAGAAGUUCAGAUCACAGAACGUAAGGCUAAUGAGGUUUUCACAAAAUCUGAAUCUAGUAUACUACAUAAUUCGUCAAAUGUUUGURGUUCAACAUCACAUGACAGCUAUAGUAAACCUCAAGAAUCUCAUAUAAAUAGUAUGACAGAAAAUGUUGUAUGUAAUAAAAAUCAACCACAAAUCAGUUUUAAAUCUAAUAAAUGUGAUACAGAUCAUAAUGUCGAAUGUAAUAAAAUUAAAGUUGAUCAAAUUAAUGAUCAACCAGCAGAUCUUACUAAUUCCAAUAUUCAUAAUGAUAAAACAAUUAAAGAACAAGAAAAUCUGAGUGUAAAAUUAGAAGAUAACACAAAGUAUCAACAGUUAGAAGAAAAUAUAAAAGUAAAAAAGGAUCAACAAUUAGAAGAUAAUAAAGAAUCAAAAUCUAAUAUAAUUGGUGAACCUAUUAAAAUUGACGAAAAUGUAUUUGAUCAUACAAUACAAUCAAAUGAACAAUUGACAAGUAAAAUCAAUCAAAGUGAUGAUGAAAAAUCCAUAGAUAACAGUUGUGAAAAUAUCAUAUCAAAUGAAUCAUUUGCAAACACAGUUGGCCAAUAUGCUGAAAUUAAUGAUCAACCAAGCAUUGAUGUAAUAAAACAAAAUUCAAGCAUGUUAGAUACAACAUUAUCAAAUGUAGAUGAUCAAAGUAUUCUAAUAAAUAAUCAAGUAUUGAACAACAAAUGCACCUUWAUUGAAAAUGAAGAACCGUCACAUAAUUUAGUUAAAGAUCAACCAGAACAAUUAUUUAAACAUACUAAACCUAUUCAAAAUACUUCUGAUUUGGAAACCAAUCCUACUUGUUCUAAUAAUGACAACUCAAUAAUAAAUACAAUGGCUAGUAGUAGUAAAGCAUGCGAUCAAAUUUUAACAGACAAUGUUGAUCAAUGUCCUCAAACAUCUAAACAAGUUAUUGGUAAUCAAAAUAAUMAUAAAUCUAAGAAAAAAUCACAUAACAUUAGCAAUAUUAUUGACACUGGUGUGAUUUUGGUCAAAAAUGUUGUUGAAGCAAAAGAACAAUCAAUUAAUUCUGGCGAUAUUGAUUUUAAUCAACCAGAACAUUUUCAAAUUGCAGAUGAGAAAAACGAAACAAAACCAUCUGUUGCAAUUGUAGAUAACUCAAAUGUUCUUAAUAAUAAACAUAGUUUAAAUAAAAUAUUACAAAAAUUAGACGAUAAUAAGGAAAUGUCAGAAUGUCUCAACUCUGAAUCUUCAAAUGUUGAUUUAGAAGUAGAAAAAUGUGGUAUACUGAAAUCUGAGAUUGAAAUAAAUGUGGAAGAAUCAAAUUUAAAGAAUAACGAUAUUUCGAAGGACUUGACUGCAAUAAAAGAUGAUAAAUUUACAGAAAAUGAUGAUAAUAUUUCACUCAUAAAAUCAAGCGUACUUGAAAAUCAAAAAGAAAUCAUUGAUGUGAUUAAUAAAGAUACCAAAAGUGAUAAAGAUUAUGAAGUAUCAACAAUUUCUAUCGAUCAAUGUAAAACAGAUGAAAUCAAACAGGAAAAUUUAAAUGUGAAUCAUGUCAAAAUUAAACAAAAUAAUGCUAAAARAGAAAAGCACAAACUAUUUAAUGUCAAAUAUGAUACUGAUACUGAUAUUUGUAAUAAAGAAAAGUUACAUUUGGAAGAAUUCAAAAGUGAAAUAUGUAAAAAAGACAAUCCUGUGUAUGAUUUAUCUGUAGAAAAAAGUAUAUURAAGGUGGAAUCUUCAAUGGAUUUUGAUGAAGAUAAUACUGUAGGCAUUUUAAAUAGUGUUAAAGAUGAGUUUGAUGACAGUGUAGAUGUAGCUCAUACUUUUGAAGAUGAUAGCAAUAAAAGUGAAGAAGAGGAAGUUGCUGAAGAUACACCUAAGAAGAAAGGAAGACCAGGACGAAAAAAGGGAAAAAGAGGGAGGGCUAAAAAAAUUGUUUCAGUCAAACAAGAAAGUAAAACUACGACAGAAGAAAAAGUAAAAAGACCAUACAAACCUCGUCAAAAGAAAGUUGUCACUAUAUCAGAAGAAGUGACUGUAUUUCCAGAGCCUGUUGGCGAUGACAAUGUGCGUAGAUCAAGGCGUAUUGCUGAAAUAAAAAUAAAAGAACAAUUUAUUCCUACUACACAAUAUGAUGAUAUUGAUAUACCAUUAAAAAGUCCUAAGAAAAAAGAUAAAGGUGGAAAGAAAGGGUCAACACCCACCAAAAAGUUGGAAAAUGCUGAAGAAUCUGAUGAUGAAGACGAAGAAGAUCCUAUUUCUAAAAAGUUUAAGAAAAGGAAGAGAAAAGGUAAAUCUGAUUCCUUGAAGAAAAUCAACAUGAUUAAUCCUUGGAAUGUAGAUUCAGAAUCUAGCUCUUCCGAAAAUAAUGUAGAAUUAUUUGAAGACUACGAUCAUGAAGAAGAGGAAGAAAUUCCUAGACCUGGAAUUGAGCCUAAUAUUUCAGAUCAUGAGUUUUCCCCUGAGUCAGAUAUAAAUGAUGAAGAUGAAGAGUAUUUGCCUGAAAAAAGAGCUCGAACUGCUCAUAAAAAAGAUGAAGGUGAACAGUUAAAAGACGACAUGUGUCAAAAAUGUAACAAAAGCGAUCAACCUGAAUGGAUUUUACUAUGUGAUACAUGUAAUCAAGGAUGGCAUGCGUCUUGUCUCCGCCCCCCACUUAUGGUGAUCCCUGAUGGUGACUGGUACUGUCCACCAUGUCGUCAUGAAGCUCUGUUGAAUGCAUUAAAAGACACUUUAAAAAGAUAUGAUGGUGAAUCGAAAAAAAGAGAAAAUGAAGAGUUGAGACGUAAACGGUUGGCAUAUGUAGGAAUAAGUCUUCAGAAUGUUAUAUCAUCAAAAACGGAAGAAGUGAAAUCUGAAAAACUGCCAGUAGCACAUCAGUCUUCUGAAGAUGAUGAUGAUGAAUCAGAAUCAGAAGAAUAUGACUCAGAACCGCUGUACACCUUAAGRGCUCGGCGACAAGCUAAUGUCAGUUACCGUUUUAAUGACUAUGAUGACAUGAUCAAUGAAGCAAUUUUAGAAGAAACAGGUGUUGAUGAAUCUGGAUCAAAAAGAUCACCUGAAGCAAAAACUGAUAAAAAUGAUAAUGAUGAAAAUAAUGAUUCUGAUAACAAUGCAAAUGAAAAGGAUAGAGAGGAUUCACCAAUAGCACCAGCUCUAUUACAUUUGAGGGGACGAAAAAAAUCAAAAAAGCUUACAAAUCUAGAUAUCAGUUCUGAUGAUGGAUCAGAUGAAGAUUUCAAAGGGCCUUCAGAUGAGGACGAUGAUUAUGAGGAAGAUUUGAGUGAGUAUAGUGAUGAUUCUGUCAAAAGACGGCCACAACCAACACGACGGUCUGUGCGGAACCGAAAAAAYGUGGUUGAUCCUGACUUUAUUAAUGACGAUUCAAGUGAAGACAGUGAUCAACGUUCCAAAAAAAAGAGACCUUGGUCAGAUUCUUCGAAUAGCGAAGAAGAAGACUUAACUUGGGGUAAAAAGAAAAAAAAACGUACAAACGCAUACUCGUCUUCGUCAUUAUUGUCCAAACCAGCCAAAGGAUCUAAAAGGAAACGUAGUGAAAACAACGGUGAUCGGAAAUUUAAAAAAUCUAAGAUAAAGUUUGGUAUGAAUUCGGAUUCAGAUUCAGAUGGCCAACCUAAGAGAAGGACUAGAGGACGACAAAUAACUUAUGCCGAAUCCGACGAUUCAGAAGAAGAAGUCCAAACAAAAAAGCGUAAGGUAGAAAGUGAUGAAGAAGACGAAUAUGUCUUGAACGAUGAAGAAUUGGAAGUCGAGAAUGAAGACCAAACUUUAGAAGUGGAUGAAGAUGAUGCCAUGGCCAGUAAUGAUGAAAAAGAUGAAGAAGACGAUGUUUAUGAAGAAGAAGCAGUUGAAGAGGAAGAGGAAGACAAUGACGAAGAUGAAGAAGUCAACCCGAAGCUGGCCAUAACCUCAUCAGCAYCAGCUGUAAGUGAUGUCGCACAUCCAACUGUGAAACUGCCGCCGCCAUCUGCCAUAGCCAAAUCGGUCAUCAGGGAACCGGUGCCCUUAUUGUCAUCCGAUCCAGUGGCUGUUGAACCACAUCAAAGUGCACACCCACGACUUAUCCCACCAGUUGUCGUCCAGCAAACGGAAAAACAUACAUUGUCACCAGUCGUCGACUCCGAACAUGGGUUGUUGGAUAAGCGUAAGCGUCCCCUACACCAGCCAAAACAGUGUCCAUCACCCAAUCCUGUGGUGGACUAUGGUGGAGGUUCUGCUUACCCGUAUGUGCCUGAUGCCACCAAAGUGGCGGUGUCUACCGUUCUGCCAUCGCCUGCACACGUGGCAUACAUCAGAUCACCCGCAGCUGUGUCUGUUGCUGCAGGAGUGUUCAAGACCACCAUGGUGCCACGAACUUCUGGUGAUGUAGGUUUUCCUGUCCCGCCAGCCCCAUACCGGACGGGAGCCAAUAAAAUGACCGGACCAGCCUCCUAUCUGUCUCCACCACCUCAAGUGCAACAAGUGUACCAGGCGCCAACACCACAGUCACAGCCAUCAUCAACCAGUUAUUCCCCAUAUCCAAUUGAUUAUGCUGUCACCGGAGCACCRCUACCACCUCCACCGCCGACCAUCGCUUUCCGAAACGUGGUCAUAGCACCACCAUCUCACGAGCACGCAGUGUUACCCAGUUCUACACAGCAGCAUCAGCAGCAAUCCACCACAGGGGGUGGAGAAAGUGAAUUCGGCGGGCUCGUUUCGUAUUUUUCCAGUCAACAGGAAGACGAUUUUGACGCAUGAUGAUCUCGUCCAUCUCCAACAUAUUAUUAUUAUUGCAAUUUAUUAUUUUUACCCUUUUUUUCAUUUGUUUCCUCUAYCCUGCCGACAGCUUAAUGUAUUCUACUAUUCUGAAAAAUUGGCUACUUUACUUGUAUGUUGUUAUUAUUAUAAAUUUAGAAUUAUUUUAUUAUUUUUUUAUUUUUUUUUACCAUGACAGAUAAUUUUAUUUUUUAUUAAAACAAAAGUACUCUAAGACAAUUAAUGUGGUUGUGUGAACAGUUUGUCAGUUUUAAGUUGUAGAUUAAGCCAACCACACACAUCAUAUUACUACCUAUUAAUUAUAAUAUUAUCAUCACAAUCAAAAACUGUCAACUAGACUGCCUCUUUCUAUUCUUUUUAUUACUUAAAAACCGCACAUCCGUAGUAUUGUGUCCUGAUAACUUACUACAAAGCAAAUUGUACGUUAACAAUAAUCCAUUUUACUCUGUUAUUUUUAUUUUUUUAAAUGAAAGUGAGUUGACCAAUGAUAAAAUUUAAAAUUAAGGGCAUUUUGGAGGAUUUUAUUGAUACUAUUUAUAAACAAGUUAUGACCGUUUUAAGAUGUACAGUUUCUAAAAGAUCAUAACUUCUUUACUCAUAAAAACCUCAGGUAUGCUCUGGAUAAUAAUCUUACCUUUUAAACAGGUAAAUUAUUACAGAGUAAAAURUAUUAGYGUGAAUGUAAAAUUGUCCAAGUACAUUUGUAAGGCAUAGACAACUAGACAACACAUACGGGUGUGGCUUCCUCAUAACUUAAUUUUGUCUAGUAUUUUUUAAUUUGAAUUGGAAACAAAUUAAUUUAUUUCUUGUUUAGCGAGGCCAUAAUGUUAAAAACGGAGAUCUGAAAGUAUAUUAUAGCAAACGAUUUAUUUUCUAACAAUUUUGUUUGAGUUAUGUAUUUGAUAAUAUAAUAAUAUUUUAUGUACUUUGCCUUCAUUCUCAUAUUUUAAAAAUAUUA